UGCGCGGUGCACCAACUUCAGCCUCACAUGUGACUGAGGCAGCUACACUGUAGAGAGGUAAAUAAGUAGUGGCACCUAACCUUUGUUGUACAAAAUCGGUUAUGAUGGACACUACGGAUGUAGAUACUCAGUUGGGCUUUGAAUCCGAAGAGGAUGACAGUGACAUGUCCGAUGAAGAGUUACAAGAGGCUUUCGCUAAAGGAUUGCUGAAACCUGGUCUAAACGUUCCUGUAGAAGAAGCGAAGAAAUUUACCAACAAUGUGGAGGGUAUGAAGCAGUGUCUGUCUGACUUCCGUAAGAGUCUUCAAUGGGCCGAAAGACUAGAUCUGACCAAUAUGCCAGUUGCUGACAUAGUUGCCCAAGCUGAAGGCAGGCAGUUGGCUGCUGAGAGUGGAGCAAUAAAUGCUGAAGAUGAUUUCCAGAGGGAAAUGUUUUUCUAUCGUCAAGCCCAGGCAACAGUUUUAGAAGCCUUGCCAAAACUACGGAAGCUGAAUAUACCAACCAAACGUCCAGAGGACUACUUCGCAGAGAUGUCCAAAACAGAUCAACAAAUGCAGAAGAUCAGGAAAAAGCUGCUCAUCAAGCAGUCGCAAAUGGAAAAAUCUGAGAAAGCCAAGAAACUGAGAGAGUUGAGAAAGUAUGGUAAAAAGGUUCAAGUUGAAGUUCUUCAGAAGAGACAGAAAGAGAAGAAGGCCAUGAUGUCUGCUGUAAAGAAAUAUCAAAAAGGUAUGACGGACAAACUGGAUUUCUUGGAAGGAGAUCAAGACAAGAAUCAGAAAGGUGCAGGACCACCUAAAGCACAGACGAAUAAGAAAGGAGCCAAUGCAAAGAGGAAGUUCAAGGACCGCAAGUUUGGUUUUGGAGGCAAGAAAAAGGGCACCAAAUGGAACACCAAAGAAAGUCACAACGACAUGUCUGGAUUCCGUGCCAAGAUGGCGCAUGGGAAGGGCGGAAAAGGUGGAAAGUCAUUCGGAAAAGGUGGAAAGAAGGGCAAUAAGCGGCCAGGCAAGGACACCAGGAGAAAAAUGAAAAACAAAAAAUGAGGCCUCAUAGUCUUCAUCAGAAGAUGUGGAAGAGACGUGGAUUUGCCUAUUGCGUCCUCUAACACGUGGAGAUGGACCUAAGCAUGGGCAAUUGUGCGGAAUUCCAACGGAUGCGUUUUCUGCCACUGACUCAGUUAUCUAAUCUCGGGUUCACUCAGGGUGGUGAACUCCUGCCCAUUUUAUUUUUUGUCUUCUUUCAAGUGUGACACCCCAUUGUAAAUGGAAAGUAUUUUUUGUGAAGGCAUGUUCUUUAUAUUUGUAUGAAAAGAAGAGUGCAGGAAAUCUUUGACAAUUACAUCAAGGAUAUGGACUUCCACAUGUUUCAUUUUGUGGCAGGCCUGCCAAUGAAGAGAAAUUGUGGCAUAUGAAAUAAGCACCCUCUCUUAGGCUGUAUCAGUAUCUUAAAUGUUCAAUAAUCAGUGAUGCCUUGAAAGGUUUUAGUAACUUGUGUACAUUUCUGGGUAAAUACGAAUAGAUAUACCUACUGACUUGA